UAAAACAGGGAAUUUUUACUCGGAUUAAAUGUCAGGAAUUGUGAAAACCUGAGUUUAAAUGUAUUUGGCUAAGGUGUAUGUAAACUUCCGACUUCAACUGUAUGUAGAUGAGAUAGAUUGAAUAGAUAUGUACCACAUACAGGGUGAUUUCUGGUUCUCUCUUUUGUCUCUCUCCCUUUCUUCAGACACCCCAAUGUUUAACCUUAUAGAAAAACAUGCUCACUUUAAUAUAUACGUUAAACGUAGUUGUUUUUGUUGAUGGAUUGAGUGUUUUUUUGUGUGUGUUUAUUUGAACAAAAGUGAUCCAAAGCAUGCUUGCUUUGGUACGAAAAACUGUGGUUGUGUCUGAAAUAUUUCAAGGCUACUGCUUCUAAUCAAAUCAAAUGUAUUUAUUAAAGCCCUUCUUUACAUCAGCUGAUAUCUCAAAGUGCUGUACAGAAACCCAGUCUAAAACCCCAAACAGCAAGCUAAAGUGUACUAGCCAUACUACAUACGGAUAUACUAGUAAAACGCAGUAUUAGACGUUAAACAAAUAUCAACAUUCUUGGCUCAAACGACAGGAAAGAAGCAGCGGACACUAUCGGCUGUUCGGUCACAGUUUCUGACGGACGUUUUAUGGUGUUACACAACAUACCGGUACGUCCAUUUUCGUUUGUCAAACUGAACACAAUGCUAGCCAGCAGCUAACAAAAUGAGUUUGUUUUUGUCCAAAUUGUCAUGCAAAAGGGACAUAGACGAGGUAAUAAAAACUGUCGCUGAAAAGGUUUUAGUUCUUCGGUUUGGAAGAGAUGAAGACUCGGUCUGCCUGCAGCUUGACGAGAUUCUGUCCAAAACCUCCCACGACCUGAGUAACAUGGCGUCUAUCUACAUCGUGGAUGUGGACUCGGCUCCCGUCUACACGAGAUACUUCGACAUCAGCUACAUCCCGUCUACCGUCUUCUUCUUCAACGGACAACACAUGAAGGUUGAUUAUGGGUCUCCAGAUCACACCAAGUUUGUGGGCAGUUUUAAGACCAAGCAGGACUUCCUGGAUCUGAUCGAGGUGAUCUACAGAGGAGCUAUGAGAGGGAAGAUGAUCGUCAAGAGUCCCAUCGACCCUCAGAACAUCCCCAAGUACGACCUGCUCUACCAUGGGAUCUAAUCCCAUCACGGCCUGCUCAACCAUGGGAUCUAAUCCCAUCAUGACCUGCUCAACCAUGGGAUCUAAUCCCAUCACAACCUGCUCAACCAUGGGAUCUAGAUUUCACCACGAUUCCCCACCCUUCAGCGCGGUUUCAAGCACCCUGGCUGUAGAUCUUGUCUGGGGGGCCUUGAGCACGGUUUGAGCGCUCAAGCUGCAGAUGGGGCGGCAGGGUAGCCUAGUGGUUAGAGCAUUGGACUAGUAACCGAAAGGUUGCAAGUUCAAAUCCCCAGCUGACAAGGUACAAAAUCUGUCAUUCUGCCCCUGAACAGGCAGUUAACCCACUGUUAACCCACUGUUCCUAGGCCAUCAUUGAAAAUAAGAAUUUGUUCUUAACUGACUUGCCUAGUAAAAUAAAGUUAAAAAAAAAAAAAAAAAUUGUCUGGGGUUUAAGCGCUCAAGCUGCCGACAAUUCAUGGGAAAAGAAAAUGUCUGACCAGCACAGAACGGAUUGGCCCAGCCUGGACAAUUGAGGUUAUCAAGUGACACCACUGCAGCUGGCCCCAUCUCACUUCACCAUUCUGAUGUGGUGUUUAGUGAAACUCUCCAUAAUGUGAGGUUUGAUAUUUCCUAGGGAAAUAGAUCUCUAUAAGAGACACAGGUACAUGUCAGAGUGGACAAUCCUUUAUUUCAUACAAUGAAGACUCGUUGACAGCUGGACAUUUCUUGUUGCCUCUUGUUUAUAGUGGGAAUGAAUGCUGAAUCUAAUGAAGGUCUGACCCCUUGUUGCCUCUUGUUUAUAGUGGGAAUGAAUGCUGACUCUAAUGAAGGUCUGACCCCUUGUUGCCUCUUGUUUAUAGUGGGAAUGAAUGCUGAAU